AUGGCUGCGAGUAAUCUCUCGCGUAAUAUUUAUUCAAAAAUACGUCCGCUAUUAACUACUAAUGUUAAUACACGAUGUAUUUUAACACGUGAUUAUCAUGAAAAAGUUAUUGAUCAUUAUGAAAAUCCACGUAAUGUUGGUUCAUUUGAUAAAUCCGAUGCUGAUAUUGGUACUGGUCUUGUCGGUGCACCAGCUUGUGGUGAUGUCAUGAAGCUACAAAUUAAAGUAGAUGAUAAUGGAAAAAUAGUCGAUGCAAAAUUUAAAACUUUUGGUUGUGGUUCAGCUAUUGCUUCAUCUUCAUUAGCUACUGAAUGGAUUAAAGGCAGAUCAAUUAAAGAUGCAAAUACAAUUAAAAAUCAAGAUAUUGCAAAAGAAUUAUGUUUACCACCGGUAAAACUUCAUUGUUCAAUGCUUGCUGAAGAUGCUAUAAAAGCAGCGAUCAAUGAUUAUAAUACAAAGAAAGAAAAACGAGAGAAAAAAAAUUAA